ACUUAACUAGCUGACGUGAAAAGAAAUAAAAAAAUUCGAAAGUGCUCACGGUAGAAUUGUGUAAAGUCGUAAAAUAAAAUUAUUUAAAUUUAUAAAAAUCCUUCAAAAUUUCAUAAAAUUUAUUGCAAACAAAAGUAAAAAGUGUUUUCUUUACGCAAACAAACCAACAAAAUGAUUGCAAAUGUAAAUCAAAAAAGUUAAAAAAAUCUAAAAUGUGAACAUAAUAUGUAAAUAUUUCUAACAAUAUUUUUGAUGUAUUCCUUAAUUCCUUAAACCCCCUAAAAAUGAAAUCAAUGAUAUUUUCAACACGGAAUUAAGUACUCAAAACAUCCUUUAAUAAAAAGAAAUACCACAAAAUAAAAGCACUCGGCAACAAUUAGCUCGAAAAAGCUAAACAACAAAAUAUAAGCAAAACCAAAACACAUUUUUUUUUUUAAAACAAACACUUGUACUAUAAUUUUUCUACUCAAAAAAGGUGGUUAUUGGUGGGCAAUUUUUUAAAAAUUGCUUACACCAAACCCUAUAAACAGCCAAAAAAUUCCGAAAUCUUCAAAUUCUGCUUCAGCGCUACAAAAGCUAAAAGCCAAAGCUACCGGUACUUCGGUGAAACGCAGUAAAAAGUCUACAAAAUCAACGAAACAACAGCAACAGCAGCAACUACUACAGCAACAACAACAAUCAACAUUAGCAUUAGCCACAGCUUCAACAUCGAACUCAACAGCAUUUCAACAAAGUGGUGGCUCCUUUCAAGGAGUCAUCGGUGGCAGUGGUGCGGGUGUUGGCACAGAAUAUCUUUCACAAGGCCACAGUUAUAGUUAUCAACAACGCAGUGGCGCCUUUAAAAGCGACACUGGUUUUAGUGGUGGGGGUGGUGCAGGAGCAGCUGGCGGUGCUACGACCACCAGUGACGAUAUUGCUACAACUUUUUCUAAAACAACCUUUUCACCAAAUUCAACACAAAAGUCUUCAUCAUCCUCAUCGUCAUUUCAUCAUUCGUCGUCAUCAUCAUAUCAGCAGCAGCAACAACAACAACAGCAUCAAUACCAUCAGCAGCAGCAAUAUAAUCAAAUUAAUAAUCAUAACCACAAUAGUAAUCCUCCUUCACAUACCAAUAGUGCCAACAUUAACAAUUUUACAAACUUCUCAUCUUCCUCUCAACCAGCGAUGAUGAUGAAACAAAAGACAUCAUUGGGCGAACGUAUAAAUAUUGGCGAUGAGGUGCGUGAGCUAAAAUUGGGAUGUACAUUUAAUAAUAAAAAUACAACGAAUGCAUUUCAUACGAUUAAAUAUGAUUUUAAACCUGCAAGUGUGGAUAAAAAUCGUGUUGCUACUGUAGAUGUUGGCUCAAAUAAUCAAGUUACUGUUACUGUGCCAAAUUUAGUUAGUUCCGGUGUGCCUCAUACCAUUUAUAAAGGAAAUCAAAAGAAAUACACAAAAGAAUGUAUACUCAUAUUCGACAAAAGGACUGGUGAUAUUACAUUAGAGAAAUUAAAUCACAAUAUACAAGUAAAGAAGACGCGUGAAAUGACAAACAAACCUAGUGUACCUACACCUGUAGCAAUGCCGCCGGUAGCAGCAUCCUCAAAUGCAUUAGCGCCCUCAGCAGCUGUCUCAACAGGACCAGCACCAAAAUUAGAAAACAGUACAAUGAGAAUAACUUCCAAAACAAAAGUUUCCACUGGCAAUAGAAGGAAUACGAUAAUUGAAUUAAAAGCUCGCAACUCUCCCAUGCAAGGUUCGCCUUCAGCGGGUGUGGGUCAUCACAACAAUAAGAGUCCUCAGUCGGCUCCAGCAUGGAAUGCUAACAAUGGCCAGGCCACAUUACCUAGUAUACCCAUGAUUGUUGACGAUGAUGAUUCAAUAUUUGGUAUUGGCGGUGGUGGUAGUGGUGGAGGUGCUGGUGCUGGCGGCGGUGGUGGUGGCGGUCUUGCAAAUAUAUCUGCUUCAUCUUCCUCCUCAACAUCCAGUCAUCAUAAUAAUUCAGGACAUGAAUAUGAUUUACCACAAUUACAACAAUAUUCAACAGCACCACCAACGAAACAAUCAAAACAAUCACAUCACAACAAUAGUAGUAAUCAAAAGCGACACAACAAUCAUCAACGGCAUCAGCAGCAGCAGCAGCAACAGCAACCUUCAUCCUUACAAACGCAACAACAACAGGUGCAACAGUGGCAACAGCAAUUGCAACAGCAGCAGCAACAACAACAGCAGCAGCAACAGCAACAACAAAAUCAAUAUAAUCGUUAUAACACUAAUGGCAAUUCCUCGACUUCCUCAUCGUUAUAUAGUAGUAAUCAUAAUAAUAAUCAUCAUAGCAAUAAUAAUAUACGUAAUAGCAAUCAUCAUAGUAACAGCAACAACCACAGCAACAAUAAUUAUCAUAAUGAUCUUGCCUCAUCGCCAACACUGGCCAGUGAAGCAGCAGCUCUUGAACAGAACAUUGCUGCCGACUUAAGUUCAUCGACUUCCAGUUCAGAAUCCGAAUCGAGUGGUAGUGAAAGUGGCUCAGAUUCCGAUGACAGCACAGAAGAUGAUAGACCGACAAGAGCUGCAAUUAAUCAAAUGAAUCAACUGCCUAAUUUGGGUAUGGCACCAAUGACGACAUCUUCACCACAGAUGCAAUACCAACAAAAUAAUCAUCUCAAUAAUAAUCUACAGCAUACAGGAGGAGGUGGUGGUGGUGGAAAUUUUGCAACUAAUGGUGGUUUUCCUAAUGAUUUAUUACAAAAUGAUUUACAAUUAUCAUCAAAUUCGUCCGAUGAUGAUUCCGAUUAGUUUA